UGCCAGUCGUCUGCUCGCUUCAGAUCUGGCGAGUCGGGCAGGCAGGCAGGUCCUGGCAGUGCCGUGUUGUCUUGUGAGGGGCCAGUGAACGAGGCCUAAGUUUUACUUGUCUUCGCGUGGGACAGUCAUUUCUACAUACACCAGUCAUGUCGAUUUCGACUGUUAAGCUAAACCGAACUGACGGGACCCCUUGGGGCUUCAGGCUGCAGGGUGGCAAAGACUUUGCUACACCUCUCUGUGUCCAGAAGGUGAAUGCCGGCUCGUUGGCUGCCGUGGCGGGGCUGCAGGCUGGGGAUGCCAUCGUCAGCAUCGGAGGUAGAGAUGCCCUUUCCCUCAGGCACAAGGAGGCUCAGGAGGCCAUCGUGAGGGCCGGCAACAACUUCGACCUCGUGAUCCAAAGGGGUUCCCAGGUGUGGCGGCCACAGGUGACGCCUUUGGCCCAAGUAAAGACGACUCCAGAGGGCGUACCGGUAGCCACUAACACUUCUCUUGCUGCCAACAAGAAGCCCGUGCGUCACAUCGGCUCCAACCACAACGUGGUGGCGCGCCCCUUCCCCGGCUUCACGGGGUCCCAGCCCACCUACACACCAGGCUCCAACAUCAUCAGAAGUCCCCUCUCUAACAGUUCAGAGGAGGUGGCUGGGGCGUCCCUCAGCGGCGCCUCCUCCAGGAGCACCUCAGGUAGCACUAGCCCCAGUGGUUUCCUCACCAGCACCUCUCCAACCAUUUCCCUAAACAAAGAGAACGCCAAGAACUUCCUCAAGAUGACGCUCGAUAAAGAAAAUGUAAACACAAUCAAUGUCCACCAGACGGCGCGCGGCGUCAGCCCAAAGUCCAGUAGUAGCACAGAAAACCUCUUCAGCGCCUCCUUCACACACGGCAGCGGUCCAGGCCACCAGCGAAAGUACUCCCUAGCCAGCAACGCCUCCUCCAGUAGUUCCGAGGCCGAUCACGACGCCCUCACGCGCAGGAAUAACGAACAUGUUGCUCCGGUAGGCGUCAAACACAACGUGAAGGCGCGUCCGUUUGCUGAGGUGAAGGUGAAUGGACAGCAGAUCGUGAACGCCCAGUACAACACGCCCCUGCAACUUUACAGCGAAGACAACAUCGCCGAGACCCUGUCUGCCCAAGCCGAGGUGCUGGGGAAGGGAUGCCUCGGAGUCAACUUCAUGAAGAACGAACGCGCUUACGACGGCAAGACUUCUGACGUGCUUCGCAUGGUGCAGGAGAUGGACAGUAACCCUGUCAAGGAGCCUGAAGGUGAGGUUACCAGCUACGCAAGCCCUGAAAAGGAUGUUGCUCAAGGGUACUCCUUCAAGAUCCUCCAGCAAUCACUCACGGAAGACGACUACGACAGCCCCGCGGGUAGCGCCGGGCCCGCUACAGGCUUCCGCAGCGUGCGUGCCCCGGAGACCAAGGUGCGGGCCCCGGGAGAGCCUAGCCCCUCACAAGCCACCAAGUGUUCCGAAUGUGAACGGCCCAUUACCGGAGUGUUCGUGCGCGUAAAGAAUAAGAGUCUGCACGCUGACUGCUUCAAGUGCGCCACGUGCGGCUCCUCCCUCAAGAAUGUCGGCUACUACAACAUCAACGAGAAGCUGUACUGUGACGUGCACGCCAAGCAGGCCGCCCGCCACCACCCGCCCGCACCCAACAUGGAGCCGGUCAUCGUCAAGCCAGGCGGCCCUACACCUUCGGGAGCCCUGCCUGCCUCCGCGGUGAAGGCCGCUGCUCCCUACAAGCCUCCUGCAGGCGGUAUCAGGAUGAUGCCCUCGGCCCCGGCACCAGCCCCAGCACCCAUGCCCAAGUUCACCCCGAUAGCCCCGCCGAAGCCCUACAAGCGUCCAGUGGGCGGAAUGAGGAUGAUGCCCUCGGCCCCGGCACCAGCCCCAGCACCCAUGCCCAAGUUCACCCCGAUAGCUCGGCCGAAGCCUGAGCCCGUGGUGGCUGAACCAGAACUCCCACCACCCCCUGCGCCCGAGCCCGUCCUACCGCCUCAGCCCGUAGAGGUGGAGGCCCCUGAACCUGAACCAGUGCCUGCCGAGCCCGAGCCCGUCGUGGCCCCACCCACACCCCCGCCAGUCAUGACUCCAGCCGAGGCCGAGGCCCCGGUCCUGGCUCCGGCCCCUGUCCUGGCCCCGGCCCUGGCCCCGGCCCCGGUCCCGGCCCCGGUCCCGGCCCCUGAGCCAGAGGUGGAGAUUGCCCCGGCACCCAUCGAGGUCCUGCAGGAACCCAUAUUUCAGCCAGAGCCAGAGCCCGAACCGGAGCCUGCGCCCGAGGCCCCAGUUCCGGAACCACUCUCUUCUGAAGAGCCAGCGCUGCCAUCUGAAGCUGAAGCCCCUCCUACUGAUCUAGUAUCUGAACCUCAGACCACAGAGGCUAUACCAGAGCCACAACCUGAACCAUUGGUUAACGGAACAGCUUCUCCUGAGCUUGAACUAGCAGCUCCUGAGGCUGUACAAGAACCUAAAGUGGCGCCAGAACCCCAAGUGGAACCAGAACCUGAGAUAACUGAAGUAGCCGAGGCAGCGCCUCUUUUGGCUCCUGAAACUGUUGUUGCUCCGGAACCGGAAGCUCCGCCACCCUCAGAGUCUGUCGUGCCCGAGCCUGAGGCGGCUCCAGAACCCGUGGCACCAGCGAGUGAACCAGAACCGUCAAGAGCACCUGAGGAGACAUCAGUCCCAGUAACAGAGGUAUCAGUAGGGGCGCCUGAGGUGACGGCCCCGCAACCCAUCCCCGCCCCACAAAAGGAGCCGGCGCCGAUCCCUGCUCCUGCCCCUGCCCCUAUCCAGGUCCCCGCAGCGCCCAUGGCGGCCCCUCCACCCACCUUCUCCCCAGUCAAGGCUCCGGCGGCCCCUGCGCCCCAGCCGGCACCAUUCGGUGCUCCUGCUGGAGGCGUGGAUGUGAGGUCGCACAUUCCCAAGAAAGCUCCCAAGCCUCCAGCCGCAGCAUUUGCACCAGUGCCAAAACCUGCAGCCCCCAAGCCCCCUGCUCCCACAGGCCCUGCUCCAGUAUUGCCUAAGCCUACGGGUCUGCCCAAUCUGGGUGGUGGUGCCAUGAAGGGCGUGGCCCAAACCAGCGGGCAAAAACCCGCCCCUCGCCGUGGCCGCGGAGUGAUGAACCCCUCGAACAGCACCAGGAUACCUAUGUGUGCUGACUGUGGCCGCCAGAUCAGGGGUCCCUUCGUGUCAGCGCUGGGCAAGACAUGGUGCCCUGACCACUUUGUGUGCUCCACUGGCUCGUGCCGCAAGGCCCUCAUUGACAUGGGCUUCGUGGAGGAACAAGGAGCACUGCACUGCGAAGACUGCUACGAGAAGUACCUCGCCCCCAUCUGUGGAAAGUGUGACAAGAGGGUGAAAGGAGACUGUCUGAAUGCUGUUGGCAAGCAGUUCCACCCUGAAUGUUUCUGCUGUGCUUACUGUGGAAAGAUCUUCGGCUCCGGUGCAUUCUACUUGGAGGACGGCCUGCCCUACUGCGAGGCUGACUGGAAUGACCUCUUCACCACCAAGUGCGUGGGCUGCGGCUUCCCCAUUGAGGCUGGUGACCGCUGGGUGGAGGCCCUCAACAAUAACUACCACAGCCAGUGCUUCAAGUGCUCGAAAUGCCACAAGAACUUGGAGGGCCAGAGCUUCUUCGCCAAAGGUGGGAAGCCCUUCUGCAAGGCCCAUGCCCAGCGUGGCCUCUAAGCCACUUCACAAGGUCAACAGGUCCCCAUGAAACCCUCAGAAAGAGCUCUCCUGCUUCCUUCCACAGCCAACUCAACAAGAACAACUUAAAACAGCAGCAGUACCAGCAGCAGCAUCACUACCACCACGACCACCACCACCACUCGACACCCAGUCAUGCACCACAGUUGCUGGACAAAGCAGGAGCAGCUUUCCUGUGCUAACAACAUUCACAGUCAUCUGCUGUGGUUAACAUGCUCGCUCUCAUACUGGCUGACUAAUUACAAAUAUUUAUUUGUUCUUCCGUGACAAGGUAUAUUGCCAGCCUUACAUGUAACUAAUGGUGCCUAUGCAAUAAUGGUGAUAAAAAUUUCAGUGCCUUGAAUUGAUUCUAGUAUAUGAUAGAGUAAGGAAACAUGAGCUUUACUGCAUAGUUUAAGAUUAAUCAGAGCCAGUAAAGUGUAGACAGUGAUGUCUGGCCUAACCCUCACACCUCCUCUGCUCGUCAGAUUUUCGUUGCUUUUUGCUUGUGUUCACCUUCUUGAUGUUACUAUACUGUGUAACCACAAACUGUGCACACACAUCCCUUGUCACAUGACAAUAUUGUAUAUAAGAAUUUAAUUAUAUCAGACAUAUUUAUCUUGACAAUUAUAAUAUGUAUGGUGAGAAUUCUUUAUCCCCCCAAGAGUCUUUUAACUUGGCUAUGCUUGCUUAGCCUCCUGAAUGCUGUGUGUCUCAUCUCUACCAUUUUCUCUUUUAUGUUUGAUGUUCAUAAGUUCAGCCUGCAUGAACUGGAAAGGGAGCUUCCCCUCGCAGCCUUGAAAAAGGGCUACUGCCAUGCUGGCCUCACCACGUACAGUGCUGAGGCCUGCAUGGACUUGACAACUGUAUCAUGGAGGCUGAUCAUGAUGAAAAGUUUUAAAAAAUAUACACUCUUAAAAAAAUGUCUUGAGUGCUUAUUGAUCUUCUGAUUCUUUCUUGCUCCUUCCUCUUAGGAAGGGAAAUGAAUAAAAACUAGACACAUA